AUGCUUGAUGACUUAAUGCUGCUCAUAUUGUACAGCGUGGGUGUUCUGGUGAUCCACCCUGCUCAGCCUGCCUUGGGCCUGCCGCCUGCAGAUGCUGACGCUGGCACCAGCAACGCUGCUGCAGGCCUGCCAGCUUGCAAGCUGCAGCUCCGGCAAGACUCGCAGAACCAGGACCUGUUCUUCUUUGAGCCCAUGGACACUGUCAGCGCUGCAGCUGCCACAAGUGCUGGCGUGAACAGCAUGUUCUUCCUGGACCCCGAGGGCAGGCAGAUAGCUGAGCUGAAGAAGUGGCUGGACCUUGCCGAGGAUGAGUACUGUAUGGGGAGACCCAUCCGGCCGCUGUUCAUCAACGGUCUGGUCAAGACUGGCAAGUCCUACAUGCUAAACGAGGUUCUGCCUGCUGUGGCCAACACCUACUACAGCAGCGGCGGCAGUGGCCGGCAGCACGCUGGCACGGUGCUUUCAGAGCCCAACUUCCUGCAUGUGAACUGCUUGGGCUGUGAUCGCAGCAGAGGUGUCAGUGGCUUCCUUAAGGAAUUCCUCGCUGUACUCAAGGAGAGUGCCGCCGACCAGCGGCUCUCUGCUGCCGCCAGCACGCCUGCACCCAGCGGCAACUCGGCUGUCACCGCAGCAGGUGCCAUUCGGAACUUCAUGCGGCGCCUGCCACGGGACCGCCUGAACUUCCUGCUGAUUGACGAGGCGCAGAGUUUUUACCUGCUUGAGCGGGCCAUGCCCGGCAAAAAGUCGCCCGGCAAAAGUCCGCGGCGAAAAGUCGCUGUCCGCGGCUCAACACUGGACGAGGAUGCAGUGCGGCACAUGCGGCGGUAA